AUGUUGACAGCCAAGCCUCACUUCCUGGGUGACAGUUUUGUCGAUAUGCUCGUCCAAAUAGCCCCCAUGGAUUCGACUCACUACAGCAUCACUCAGCUGCUCGCCAUUCGUGGCUCCAAGCUACAGACCUCACUCGAGCGGAAGCUUCUUGAUGAGUCCAAGGGCAACCCUGUCUUGAUGGAUAUCCUGCGUCAGAAGCAUCUUGGUCGCAAUCGAAGACUCCCAUUUCUUCCCAGAAACAACAUGGAGCUCCGAAAGUCUUUCUCAACCGAAUCUGAGGGCCACGACCAGAUCAAACCUCAAGCUCCCCAGAUCACUGCUCCGGUUCGCGACAAGACCACUCGUCAAACUGUUCGCCAUACCGUCGGAGAUGUUAGUCAGCUUGACGGGCAAGCCGGUCGUCAGCUUGAUGGACAAGAUGCCGAACCCGAUAUACCACCCGAGGCACCUCAGCGACCUGUGCUCCCCGAUCAGAAACGAAAGGGAUUCGAACAGUUUUACGAAGCUGUACGAUCUCCUACCCAUGUUCGCGUUACUGCUGGCGGCAGAAUUGUUCCCAACACUCUCGAAGCCUCCCACUCAUCCCCUACUGGCAAGGGUAACAGGGAAAGACUUGUCGGAGAUGUCAAUGGCGCUCAGCUACCGUUGGGGCAGACCUUCAAUGGCAAUCCAUUCUUGCCUGGUCCCCCAUUGAUGGGCCCUAUGCAUCCUACCAUGCACUCUGCCUUCUCGAUGAUGACAACAGGACCCAGCCCGAUGUCUCCUUUUGGAGGGUUCGCCAUGCCGCCCUUCGCUCUUCCGCAAAUUCCUUCCCAGACAGCCUUCUCCCAUCCGACCGGUGUUGGAAAUCCUGCAGGAAACCUGGAAGACAAUAAAGAGCAUGAGAACAGUGCUGCUCCCACCAGCGCUCCGCUGCCUAUGCCCCCUCUUGGCGGUCAGUGGUUUAUUCCGCCUCAUUCCAUGAUGCCGAUGGGAAUGCCGUUCCCUGGUGGUCCAAUAAUGCCGAUGGCAUUCAACCCCAUGGGCCAGCCGAUGCUGUACCCGCAGCCUCUUCAACCAGUCCCGGCAACUGGCGUCAGGUCCUUCUCGCCGGCUGUGCAGACCGAAGGCUGUCCUGCCUCGUCUAUUCGGCCUAGCAUCAUCACAAAGAACCAGCUUGCGGGUCUCCGUUCCAGUCUCAAGAAAGCAGAGGCCCAGCUGGCGUACAACCGUCACCAGAUUGACGAGAAGCAUAUGGAGGAGUAUGCUCGCCAGCUUCGUUCUGACAUCGAACAUUUUGAGAUCAAGCUGAAGGGCGAGCUUGCGCUCGAAGACAACACUCUGCCCCAGCGAAAUGACAUGAAGGACAAGAGCGACUCCAACGUUUCCAAGGCAUCAAAGUUUGCCACAGAUUCUUGCAAGAUACUCCUCUCUUCGACAGUUGAUUCUGAGAGUAUCAACGAGACGGUCGGCAACGCUACUGCGAAGACAACAACAGAGGAGCAGAAGGCCUCCAAAUCUCGCAAGAGGGACAGAGUUCGUCUCGCGGUGGAUACUUCUAUGGCAUCUGCCCCUUUCAUCAACAACAACAUAUUCGCUACCAUCUCCCCGGUGCCAUUUGAUCCUAACGGGCAGCAACAGCAACAAGAGUCGGAUCAUGUGCGCAAGCCCUCCACUGGCCUUCCUGUGUCUGCUGCUCGGGCACCUGUCUUCCAGCCCCGUUUGGAUCUUCACCGCCCCAGCGAGAAUACACCUCCCGUCUCUGCACUCAUGAAUGGAGAGCAGGACACACGUGGAACCCGGUUCCACGGGCCCAUUCCCACCAAUUUUGAGGAGUCUCGGCUUCUGUCCUCCAUCGCCCCUCCCACGCCUGCCCAUGACAUGGAGGGGUUCUCCAACUUUGCCCGCGACAAUGCUGGCCUGGGACUGCCGUACCUUAUCGGCGAGAUACCUUUCGGAAUGGAUCCUAGCCCUGACCUGAGGGAUUACAUCUACCAUCGGCCUCUUAACCAGGAUGAAGAGAUGGCCAAGCACCUCUUCUGGACCAAUGCCCCUGAACACUUGCGCCAAAAGUUUCCAAAGUUUAAUGGAAAGGACUUUUACCCUGUCUCUCCUGAGAAGAUGCCUCGCCCCAGCAUCAUCAGCUCUAACUUGCCCACCGGUCGACCCGAGCAAGACUUUGGCUUCACACCGCCCACGGUGGACUUGGAUCCUUUCGCUCCCUUGGAACCCUACCGUGGGGACUUGCUUCGGAAGCCGACACUCAAGGAGAAAGAAUCGAGAGAUAUGAAAAGGGAUACCAAAUCGGACAACGUGACCUCGCCCAUGAAGCGUCGCAGUAAACUGCGACCUGUCGCCUACUUCAACAGUCAGGGUCUUGAUGAGUCUAAGCAAAGCUCUGGCUCUUCCGAGAAUGUCGAAACAGACUCCGAGAGGGCUUACUUCAACUCUUGUGUGCGUACCUGGUCGGAGAGAGUGACGGCGGCAGCGACUGCACUUCCUGGUGCGGUCACAUCAGAGAAUGCCCUUGGCUAUCUUCCACAGUACGCCAUUGGCAAUGCCGCAGCUUCGCUGUCGCCUGCCAUUGCCAAGGCUGCCAAUCAGUCCAAAUAA